UAAUAAGUUAUUCUAUGUUUUUAGAACGAAUUCUUAAUAUUGAGUUCCCAUCUCGAAUAAGUGUGGCCAGGGAGGAAUUAAAGAUUGAUUGUUGGAUCUGCUAUUGUUAUAAUUUAGAGGGAAGUAUUCCAUCUAUACUCUGUAAAACAGAGAGGUGCUCUGCAUGUUUUCAUCAGUCCUGUAUUUAUGAAUGGUUAAAAGCUCUGCCAGAAACUAGAACGACUCUGGAGACUGCCUUCGGUUCCUGUCCGUACUGUAAAUCCCCUAUUUCGGUUCACAUACCAAAAUGACGCAGAUUGACUAAGCUCAAUUGACCGUUGCUUAAGAAGAAAAAUCAAUAACUCAAGUUGUUGCUUUACAAAUAUUUAUUUAAACUCUGAGGUUUAAUGAAAAUGUAUAUUUAAUAAUGAUUCUAAAAUUCUAAAAUUAAAAUGUAUCAUUAUUUUUAAAAUACUAUUUCAGAAAAAUGGACAGUACGAUAGCACUGCUUGAGGAUACUGUGUGUGAGGUGCCUAGUACCCCCGACCUAGUUGACUCGGUGGCCCAGGAUGAUUCGGAGGAUGAAGUAUUUUUUGGAACAAUUUCUGAGAAGGAGAUGCUGGGACAUGGUUCAAAGUAUAAUAAGAGAAGAACUAUAAGUGACACAGAAAGAAGAAGAUCAUAUGAAGUUUUAAAAUCAAAACCUCAGUUUUCCUCUCUUGGUUCCCUGGGUAGCAAUUCUUCCAAUAGAUCAUCUCUCUACACUGCAGAACAUUCUAUAGUAGAGGAGGACGAAGACAAUGAUGAAGAGGAUGAAGAGGAGGGGGUUGAUCUAAUCAAUACUUCACAGCAUACAGAAAAGGAGAAUCUCAAUCCUGGAGAGUUUGUGACUGGAAGAAACUUCAGACGGUCUGGUAGAUCUCCACUUUGUUCUUUACCCUCUGCUUCUAAACUAGAUCAAGUCUACGUUAAUCGUAAAGAGAGUAAUGAGGGAGAAAUAGAAUUCCAUAGUAAACCUAUGAAUACAACCCCUGCUCCAUCAUGUUCUACCACCGAGAGACCUGCUCCAACAUGUUCUACCACCGAGAGACCUGCUCCAACAUGUUCUACCACCGAGAGACCUGCUUCAACAUGUUCUACCACCGAGAGACCUGCUCCAACAUGUUCUACCACUGAUAGCUUUGCUUUGGGAAGCAUUGCUACCGCGCCUGGGUUCUCGACUAAUAACUUUGUACUUGGAAGCAUUGGUUCACUAGUUGGAGAUUGUAUGUAUUCAGCUGGAAGCACAGAUCGUCAUCCGAUCCCUGGAGAAUAUGAUCAACAUAUUUCAAGUGAUCUUUCUCAGCUAACCAUAGGAGAUGACAGUGUGUUUACCCGUGUUAGUAUGGAUACAGGAGAUACAACUACUACCAGCUCCUUCACACUUGGAUAUAUAGGAUCUGUAUCUGAACCUUCUGAAGCUGAUUCUCCUCUUCAUAAAUCUAAUCUAACUGUUGAACCAGCUGAUCUGGAAAACACAAUCCAUUCUGAUUCAGUUUCUGAUUCUAUCAAAGAAACUACUACUGAACCUAAGGAAGAUAUUGAACUACUCCCUGUUCAGAAUUUAGAGGAAGGGGUUGUAAUGGAUCAAGAUGAUUCAAAGCCUAGUAAAACAGUAACACCUGAAGCUCCAACCAUUAUACUGGUUACGCCAUCACUUUCAGAAGAUCCUGAGUUUAAGAUGGGAUCAGGAAAUCACUCGAAAGAGUCACAGGAACAUGUUGAUGAUCCUGAAGUUCAAUCUGGAAGUCCAAAAAGGGAUUCCUCUCUGGAUAUUACAGUUGACCCUGCUUGGUUGGAAGAUACUGAAGUUGAGAAGAUAAUGUUUGAUAUGCUGGGACCAGAAUAUGAUGAGAUUGUUGAGAAAAUGACAAAGAAAGAACUGUGUGACUUGAAAUACAAGAUCGACAAUCUGACCAACGACGAGAGACGAGAAAUCGACAAACGACUACAGCAGAUGAUCGACGAAGAAGAGAACAGUUUGUGUAGUCGCCGAGCAUCAUCAAUGUAUGGUCGAAAGUUCUCCCUGGGAGGAUUGAACUCACCCCGACAUUCCUCGCUGUCAGGUCUGAUGUCUCCGUGUCAGCUGUCAGUUGUCAGCAAUCUAUCCCGUCAACAGCUGUCCGUUGGCAGCACUAUAUCUCCUUUCUCACUUAGCUCGGAAACAUCUGUCAACUCGAGUACUGUAUCUCCGACAUGUUCUAUCAAUAAACCCUCGAUGGAACAAGACACCAGCAAGAUGACCGAGUAUAAUUUGGUAAAUCCGGUCGAAAUACGGUUUACCGAAUCUACAGCUUCAGCUCGUUCGGAUCAAACUGGAGACCUUAACGCUGGUAAAUCCGGCGCUCUCUCAAGGCCGGUCAAAUCCGAUUUCUCUUCUGAUAAUGAUUAUAUUACCGCAGAAUCUGAUUAUCCAGGGGAUGAAUCAGAAACUGAGAAACGAAGCACUGAUUAUUACGAGACAUCCACCAACGAUCCUACUGAUAACGAAACAGAGACUGAUGAGCCGGCUGAAACUGAAACGUCUGGGAACUACAGCGCCUGCACAGACACAACGACAGAACCGGUUUUCCGUCCCAGCAGAGUUAGCGUUGUACCUGUUCAUGAUACAGAUACAUCAUUAUAUACAGAUUCAGAUUACCAAACUUAUUCAGAAUCAGAAAUCAUUCAAAGGGAAGAAGGUCUGCCUAACUACCUGAUGCCAACCUACUCAAGUAUUCAGAAAUGUUCCCCACAGAAACCGUGUAGAUCUCCUCUUAAACCCUGGAUACCCCCCUCCCCUCAGAAGAUGUUUACGAACCCCUCUGUAUCUCCUAGCAUGAAACCUGUCAGUCGUCUUCUAUUUAAACCUGAGUUGACCCCCAGCAAGGGUUUAAGACUGAGUCCUGGCCGACAAGGGACUCCUGGAUUUAGUACUCCUUCAAGCAAAUACAAUCCAGUGUUCAAGACUCCCCAAAGCAGCGCAAAAUCAAGAAUUCCGCAUCUUAAAGGAGGAUUGGGAGGACCUAUUGCUAGUCCUAUUGGAGAAUAUAUCAGGAAUAAUCCUGUUCCUCAUUUAGUUCAGAAUGUGAGGGCUAAGGAUGUGAAGGCUGAUCUUGAAUCCACUCUCAUGGAACCUGCUCAGAAACAACAGGAGAACAAGUUCCCCAGCCUUCCCUGUGCCACCUAUACGGCAGCUAAACUUGCACAGGAUACUGAGUAUGACAUGACCGGGAAAGAUUAUGAAAUUCACAAAGCCUACGGACAAGAGCAAACUUUAGUGAAGAUAACCCGACAUAUAGAGAGAGCUCGUGUUCCCCUGGGUUUAUCCUGGGAUAAUGAUCAGCUGGUUAACCUAGACAGCUGUAAUAGUUCACCUAGCCUCGUCAGAGGGAAGCUUCCGGUCAAAUCCCUCCUCAAGAGAACACAGAGGAACUCUGGUUUGUUUGAUGAGUCUAUGCUUGAUGUGUCCCUGCACCAAACUGAAGUUAUCAGGAAGAUCACUGGCAAGGGGAAACAAAAACAGAAGCAGAAAAAGAAGUAAAGAAGUAGAAGAAGAAGAAUAUAUAUUCUGUUUUAAUGGGUGACUGUAGAGUUUGGACUUAAUUUUACUUGAUCCUCAUUUAAAUAGUUACAUGUCUGAUUUUCUACGGUACUACUAAAUCUUCUCAGCUUCAUUGAGGAAGAUAUUUUCGUUUUUCUUUGUCAAAUUGUGUCGAAUUUUGACAUUGAGAAACUUCAAAUUAAGAAUAAUCAAUUUGCAGAGAGAAGAAUUUAGAUUGGACAAAGAUUUAAUGGGUACCAUUGUGAAUAAGCAAAAGUCUGCCCUCUAACCAGGAUUGAAUACUGGGUACUAUUGACUCCUAUAUUAAUAUUUAUACUUAUAAAAAAUUAGACUUGCCACUUGUAAAAUGGAGGUUCACUUGAAAUUACGAAUCCCGUAAAUGUUUGUAAAAAAAUAUCAAUGUUAAUUAAGAUAUUUUUUAUUUUUGAUAUUCAAAUAUUAUAUUAUUGAUAAUAUUAUAUUAUUAAUAUUCAAAUACUAUAAUAUUGGGAAGUGUAUGUAUAUAGUCACACUGUGCUACUAAUUUUUCGUGUAAUGAACUAUUAACCGAUUCCAAUAUUAUUUGAUAACGAUGUACCUUUGUAUUUUUUAUAAAUUGGUAUUUGAAAACCAAUUAUCUAUUUAGAAAACAUAAACUCGCUUUUCUUGGAAAUGUUAAUUUUUUAAGAUUUUUCGACUUUUAAAUAUCGUACGGACAUUUUAUUAAUGUAGAAUCAAAAUUUUAUGUAAUGAAGUAAACUUGUGUAAAAAAUGUUUAAGCAUCCAGGACUAAAUAAUUUGGGGUAUAUUUUGAAGAAAACUCUCCAGUAUUACAGAAAGUUUACUCUUUUUUCAUGGGAGGGAUUUUUUCUUCAAAACUUGCAUCCCUAAAAAAGUUUCAUGAUAAUUUUCAUCUGUUGUCAAAUUUUCGACAAAUAUUUGAUUGAUUUUUAAUUGUUUUCUGAAUAGCAGAUAAAUAUAUUUAUAAGGUUCA